AUGGAUCAAUCCUUGACUCUGAUCGACGCCCAGGUCCACUUUGUGGAAGAGCGCCUGGUACUCGUUCACAUCCCGCUCGAGCUCUACCCUUAUUUCUUCAAGUCCGUGUUGAGGUUGAUUUAUGAUGAAAUCGCUCCAUUGGAAGAAGAUCACAAGGAUGAUGAUGACUCGGCCGAAUUUGACGAGGGUUCUGUCCAAGACCCCGAGUAUCGCCAACCGGCAUUUUUGAACGUGUCCAUCACCCCCGUCGAGGUCUCGGUGAUAUGCCCCAGGGCUCUUUUUCAAAAAUAUUUCGAUCCUACCUUCACCAAGCUGGAUCAAUUAGAUAUCCAACUCCGUUCGCGAUUGGUUGUGAGUGAUAAUGACUACAUUGCGAUGCAGGUCCUAGGCCAAGGCCUGGUGGCUGGCAAGCGUGUACUCGAACUGACUAGUCCGCUCGCAAUGGCGGGAAUUUCCAUCUUCUUCAUUUCCACUUACUUUUCAGAUUACAUCCUUGUACCAUUCCACAGCAAAGCAAGUGUGAUCUCAACCCUCGAGAGCCGAGGCUUCCAGUUCGAAAAUGCCACAGCAGCCUUCAUCAGCAAUGCCUUCAGUCCAACAUCACCAUGCAUCGAAAAGUCGCUCGGCGACCUAAUCCCGCCCGUCACUCCCCCUCCAUCAACACUCGCCGAGCUCCAAACCCGCACUUUUGCGAACCUUCGCAAACGCGACAUUUCCCCAUUCGUAGACGAAACCUUGCGCCUCGUCCAAUGUGCCGCCCACCAUCCGUACAAUAGCGAAGCAAGCUCCAUGUCUAUUCUACGUGACGCCAUCACCACCGCCCUCUUAGUCGACAAACCACGCUUCCUCUCUUUGACCCUCGCAGCACUCGACCCCGCUGCAUCCCUUCUUCUAGAAAAGCGGCUUCUCCCCCGCUUCGCGAGCCCGGCAGCCUCGCAUCAAAACUACGAAGAUGGCUCAGGGCUCCUCUUGGGCUCAAAAGAAGACUACCUCAUACCGAUUAUGCUAGACCUGCGCGAUCUGCCUCUCGAGGCCUCUGGCAUCGUUUGCGGCGUGGCAGGUCGACUUGCAGAGGCAACAGAUAGCCACUCCUCCCGUGCCCCGGAUAACGAGAACCCGAGCCCUGUCAGUAGCAACUUGAGCGGUGUCAUUGGGUCUGUGACUGAGCUGUUUGAUACCUUUGGAACACGCUUGGCGCUCGGUGGUCUGGAUAAGAAUAAACGACCCCAGCCACAACAACCCUUACCCGCGACUACCCAUCACCUUAAGCCGGACCUGGACUUGUCGGCCGAUGCGGUAGAGAUUAGUUUCUUGAGUACUGCGCGGGCGGGCACGAUUAUUGUUGGGGAGGACGAAUUGCGUCGGGCAAUCGAUGCGCUGGAGGCGGAGAGAAUGAAUGAUAAGACUCUAGGGGGUGAUGAUGAGUUACCGGCGGAGAACGAGGAUACCGACGAGACUGCAUAA